AUGUCUAUGCGGUUUGCCGUUCAACCCUGCCAGGCGGAGGGAAGAGGCCUGCUGCGGGCGUUUGGCCGCGCGCGGCAGCUGCCCAAGCAGCAGUACAGCAUAGAGGACCUGCGCCUCAACAAGAUCGAACCGGAGAAGCUUCUUGCCCCGAACGACGAGAGCCUCAACCGCGUGCGCAACAUCCUGCAGGGCGCCGCGGCGGCCGGCCUGGGCGCGCUGGCGUGGACCAGCGGGUUCGACAUGGGCCGUGUAGUUGGCACGCUUGCGGCUGCAACAUUCGUGCUGGUAGCGGACCAGGUGGCCAACAUGGGCGGAGGAGAGGCGCUGGUGGUGGACACUUUCGGGCGGCUGCUGGAUUCCAAGUGA